AUGUCCUCCCAACAGCCCACCGACUACCACGACCCCUCCGCCGCCCGCAUCAUCCCCGUCGACGACUGCCCAACCUACGAAACGGGCUACAGACCCAACCUCCACGGCCAACGCACCUGGUGGGUCUUCUGCCCGGUGACCGGCCUCUUCCAGAACGACUACUCCCUCCUCGGCGCCAUGAUCGAGUGCGUCGCGCGCGGCCAGGCCACCUUUGCGCCUGCCUGGGACCGCACCUUCGCGGGCGGGAUCUGGUAUGAUUUCGAUUGCAGUGCUGAUGUUCUGGAGAUGCAGCAGCUGAUGGGUGCGGCUAUUAGUGAUAUGCAGAGACGGCUCGAGACCUAUAUGUAUACGAGUGAUGGGCAGAUCGGGUAUAAGCCUGCCUUGGGGUUUCGAUUGAGAGUCUGGUUGGGUGAGGAGGAUGAGGGGAUUGGGAGAUUGUUGGUUUUGUUUGGUUGA